GGACCUCUUGUACGUAUAAACAUGGGAGUCCAGCCGUGGGUUCUGAUAGGUAACUGUCAAGUUGCACAUGAGCUCCUCAACGUCCAAAGUGAUGCGACUUCCGGUAGGCCAUUUCAUCUUUUUAUGACUCGGUACAACUCGUUUGGCAGAGGCCCCGUGUUUACAGAUGCUGACAAGCAAUGGAAAAUGCACCGUGCUAGUGUGUAUUCAAUUGCUGGUAUGCAGGCGGUACACAGAUUACACAAGAUCGAAAAAGCAGCAGAUAAAAUCGUAGACCUACUCGUUAGAAUGACGGCAGGCCCAGAUAAAUCUAAUAGUUACAACGUAAACGUGACCGAGUAUAUGCACCUUUUUACAUUGAAUGCUAUAGCCGACCCUUUGCUGGGCAUGACUGCAAAAUCCUUGGAUGAUCCUCUGUGCGCAUCCGUUUUCGGAAUUUUCGACAGUUCGAUUAAAUGGAACGGCAUAUUUGACGAUAUCUAUAAUCUUCUGCCAGGGCUUACAAAAAUAAUCGACUUUUUCGUGGGUAACGAAAGGAGGAUGAAAAAGUUUAUUUCUCGUAAACGAAAUCCUAUAAUCCGUCAGUUGAUCCAGCAGGCUCUAGAGGACGACGCGCCGAAUGUUGUUAAAGAGCUGCACAGAGACAAAGAAAGGAACGGGUUUGACGACGAUGACAUCCUUGUCUUUCUAGUCAAUGUCCUGAGCGCCGCAAUUGAUACUACGGCGACCACCAUUUGCUGGACAUUCCUUAUUUUGUGUUGUCACCAAGAUCUACAAGGCCAGCUGUACAAGGAAAUCGAAACAUUUGUUGUCGAACAUAAAAGACUACCCACUUACAACGAUAGGACAAAGCUCCCACUAAUGAUUUCGGUACAAAAAGAAUGCAUGCGCUAUAGAGCAGCCAUGUAUAGUGCUAUCCCACACAAAGUCACGAAAGAUUUUGAGUAUGCAGGUUACUUUUUCCCGAAAGAUACAGUGCUGUUAGCAAACACGUACACAAUUAAUCGCGAUGAGAGUUAUUAUCAAGAUCCAGAAAAGUUUAUGCCGGAGCGGUACCUCAAUGAUCAAAGACUUCUAAUUGCUUCUGCUGACGUGAGUCCGGAAUAUAAACGUGACCAAUUUGUAUUUGGUUGGGAAGGUAUGAUAUUCAAAGGGUAUUGCUAUGGAUAUGCUUGUGCUGAUGCUGAGGUGUUUACCAUAUUGAUUCGGGUUUUGGCGGCAACGACGAUUGAACCGCCAUUGAAUGAUCAUGGAGAACAAGUAUAUCCGGAUCUUAACGCUGUUUUCGAUGCUGGAUUCGUUGCUGUACCUCUCACUCCACACGUUCGAUUCAUCGAACGACCUAACAAACUCGUUUCAUGA